AGGCGCCGCGCGCGGCAAGAUGGCGGCGGCGGGGUCUGCCUCAGGGCCCGGGCGGCUCCCGGCUCGUCCCCGGCCCGGCCUCGCUCGGUUCCGGGGCUGCUUGGCCGGGGCGUUGUUGGGGGAUUGCCUGGGAGCUGUUUUCGAAGGCAGGAGCGUCGUGAAGCUGCCGGAGCUGCUGAGUUUCCUCAAAGGGCUGGAACCGGCGCCGCCUGAGGAGGGAGGGGAGGCGGCGGGGAGCGCACGUGGAGAGUCGCUGCCGUACACGGACGACACGGCCAUGAGCAGGUCGGUGGUGCAGUCACUGCUGGCCAAGCAGGAGUUCGAUGAGGUUGACAUGGCCAAGAGGUUUGCUGAGGAGUACAAGAAGGAGCCCAACAGGGGCUAUGGGAUGGCCGUGGUCAACGUCUUCAAGAAGCUCCUGAGCCCCAAGUGCAAUGACGUGUUUGAGCCCGCGCGAGCCCAGUUCAACGGGAAGGGCUCCUACGGGAACGGCGGGGCCAUGAGGGUGGCCGGCAUCCCCCUCGUCUACUCCGACAUCCAGGACGUCAAGAAGUUUGCGAAGCUGAGCGCGGAGCUGACCCACGCCAACUCCCUGGGCUACAACGGGGCCAUCCUGCAGGCCCUGGCUGUGCACCUGGCCCUGCAGGAAGGGCUCAGCAGGGAAACCUUCCUGGAGCAGCUCAUCAGCCACAUGGAGCACGUGGAGGCCGAUGACAAGUCUCUCAGUGAUGCCCGAGCGCUGGGAUUUGAGGAUUUACCGUUUUCCAGGCGUCUGAAGAAAAUCAAGGAAUUUUUGGAGCUCAGCAGUGUUCCCAAAGCAGAUGUAUUGUUUGAGUUGGGCAACGGCAUCGCUGCGCUGCGCUCCGUCCCCACUGCCAUUUACUCCUUCCUGCGCUGCAUGGACGCUGAUCCUGACAUUCCUGAGCACUACAACGCCCUGCAGAGAACCAUCAUCUACUGCAUCUCCCUGGGGGGGGACACGGACACCAUCGCCACCAUGGCGGGGGCCAUCGCCGGCGCCUACUACGGGGAGGAGCAGGUGCCCCCGAGCUGGGAGCAGAGCUGUGAGGCUUUCCAGGAGACCCAGAGGAUGGCCAAGAGCCUCUAUGAACUCUACUGCCAGCGGCUCUGAGCUCCAGGGCAGCUCCAGGGCUUUCCUGAAGGCAAAGGGAUGGUCAGCUCUGCUCCUCUGGUCAGACCCAGUGGUGGAGCCGCGCCAUCGACCGACGCCAGCGAGCCUCCCCUGGGAGGAGGGGAGCCUGCUGCUGUCAGCUGGGAGCUGGAGCCAGCCUGGAAAACAGGGGACAUCCCCUUCAGUCACGGGUCAGCUGGGAAGUGGCUGCACUUGGACAGUGGGGGCAGCUCCCCGGGUGUACACGAGUGUCUCAUUUUCCAUGGAUUUCUGCUGCUUGCUGUGUCCACCAUUGUGCCAUUUGUCAUUGCAGUCACUGGUGGGUGUCUGAAUCCAUGGACACUCCCUGUUUUCCUCUGCUCCUGUGUCCAUGGGCUCUGUUUUGGUGGGCAGUGGCUUGUCCAGUGUCCACACCCCUGGUAGAGCAGCAGGUCAUUCUCAGCUGGCCAGAUAAGGGAUGUCAUAGGAGUCACCAGAGAGGCCUCGUGGCACAGUUGUCACCUGUGCUGAGUUAGGAUAAUGGAGCACAGAUUUCCAGGGAUGUUUGUUGCCUUAAAGGCAGAAUGAGAAGGGCCAGAGAAGGGAUUUCUUUGCACUGCUGAUGGCUCUGUGAGACACCUUUGAUGCCUGCAGACAAUCCCAGCUGGCUCAUUGUCCCUGCUGGGAGAGAGUGUCACUAAUUGCUGCUCCUCCUGUGUCCUUGGCCUGUUGGCACCUGCUGCACUUUGUGCCCCUUUGCACAGCUGCUGUCACACUGCUGCAGCCACUGGCUGCUCCUGUGUUCCUAAUCCAUGCAUCCUGUAUUUUUAAAGUCCUGUGUAUGCCCAGAGCACCAAGUGAGAUUCCUUAAAUCACAGAAUACCCCAAAUUGAAAGGGACCCACAAGGAUCAUGAGAGUUCAGCUCCUGUGGAGUGCAGACUGGGAAGUGGAAGUACUACAGGGAUAGAAUGCCUGGUUCUUCUGCAGUCAGCCACAAAAGUGACUUGAGCAGGAUGCAGGAGUUAAUUUAUCACAGUCUCAGCCUCUGUACUUGGUAAAAAUUGCCCCAGAAUUAAAGGGAAAGGUGGGUUAAUUGGGGACAUCAAUAUUGAAAAGAAGCUGGUGCUGGUGGCCAAGAACAUUCUAGCACAGCUGUGUUGCAGAACUUCACAUUUAAAACCUUUUCCUAGUGGAGCUGGUCAGAAAGGGAGAAACAGCUUGGGAAUGGCACAUCUAGAAAGGGUUGGAAGCUUUUUAAUAAUUGAAAACAAAAAGUCGUCAUAUGGAAAUGUUUAUAAACUUAAAUGUGACACUGUAACUUGUGAUUUCUCCAGCAUGUCUUGUGACACUGGGAAGUGGCUGUGGUGCUCCCCAGUGGUGUCAGCACGUGGUGGCUGUGUCAGGCUGCAUGCACAUGUGGGAAUCUGGCUGCCACAGGUCCUUCCAGUUUUCCCUGUUGUCUGUUUCCUUCAAGUGCCAGUCUUUUGUGUGAUGCUAUAAUGGGUUUUCCUUGUAUAAAUGGAUUCUUGUCCUGGAACAUGUGGAAUUUUGGUCUGUUGUGUAUUUUUGUAUUGUGCUGCAGAUCUGAGCUGUAAAAUAUCAGGUUUUCCACAUUAUUCUGCCAGAGGGACAACCAGAUUCAUGUAAUUAUUUUAAAAAAAGAUAUUUUUUUCUUUUAAAGCAGCUUUAUAAUUUUAAAUGUUUGGAACUCCUGACAAGCAAAGAACUCCUGUUUAAAGACUGGAGCUCUUUGAGCCUGAAUUCAGAUGUGUACUACACCCUUUAGUUUCCUUGGAAAGAAGUAAAAUCCCUCAGUUAUCUUUGUUAA